ACAGAUUCCAAAGAGCUCGACUUUGCUCCUGCCCCGUGCUCUGCUCCGCCGGCGCUCCUCUCCCCCCUCACCCCGCCGCCGCCGCGCGGCAACGCCGGAAGCCGGAUCCGGGGACCACGCGCGCCAUGAUGCAGCGGACGCCCCUCAUCAGCCUCGGGGGAGGCGGCGAGUAUGCGUACGCGAUGUUGGAAACGCUCAUGAUGCAGGGGGAGUCGGCCGCGGUAGGAGCGCCUCGCUUCGACGGCAAAGACUUUGAAACAUGGCAGGCUCGGAUGAAGCUCCGCUUGCGGGCCUAUAACCUUGCUGUGUGGAGAAUUGUGGAAACCGGUUUCUCUUGUGUGGAUGAAGCAAAUCCAACGGCACUCGAGCUGAGGAACAUCCAGUACAAUGCCCAAGUUAUGAACGCCAUUUACUGUGCCCUGAGUGAUGAUUAUCUCUACCGGAUCUGGCACCUUGAUACUGCUAAGGAGGUCUGGGACGCUCUCCAGGCUAUACAUGAAGACACCCCAAUCGUUCGUGAGUUAAAGGUCAAACAGUUGAGGGAGAAGAUGGAAUUCUUUGCGUGGAAGAAGCACGAGCUCCCCACUUCCAUGUAUGUGAGGCUCGACAUUUUAGCCACUGAGAUGAAGCGCCUUGGAUGCCAGGAGGUGACAAAUUCUUAUGUUGUGAGGAAGAUGCUUCGUGCCAUCACACCAAGGGACUCAACCUUUGAGGCCAUCAUCCGUCAGAGGCCUGACUUUGAAGAACUCACCCCUCUGGAUGUGCUCCAUAGUUUCCAGGUCUACAACAGGUGGCAAGAACAAUCCAGAAUCAUCUGCCGGAACGCGGCGGAGGAGGACACUGAGCCCGCCUGCGGUGCAGGUUGCUCCGGAGAAGUGCCUUACUUCGAUGGCACACACUAUCUAUCAUGGCAGCGUAGGAUGAAAUUCUAUUUGCUUAGCCUUCACCCUCUUGUGUGGAGAAUUGUGGAAACUGGUUUCUCUUGUGUGGAUGAAGCAAAUCCAACGGCUCUCGAACAGAGCAAGAUGGAGUACGAUGCCCGAGCUAUGGGCACCUUAGAUUGUGCCUUAAGUCGUGAUCAGUCUAGGAGGAUUUGCAACUGUAAGAGUGCUAAGGAGAUUUGGGAUGCUCUCCGAAAAUUUAAUGAAGCAGUUCGUGAGUCAAAGCUCGGCUAUUUGAGGAUAGAUAUGGACAGGUUCGCCUUAGGAAAACAUGAGCCCCCCAGUGACAUGUAUGCAAGGCUCAACGAUUUGGUCACUGAGAUGAAGGGUCUUGGGUGCAAAGAGAUGACUGAUUCCUAUGUUGUGAGGAGGAUGCUUCGUGCCAUGGCACCAAGGAACCCAAACUUGGUUUUCCUCAUCCGUGAGAAGCCUAACUUUGAACUACUCACCCCUCUGGAUGUGCUUGCAACAUUCCUCCUCUACGACAUGGAGCAGAAAUAAUCCAAAAUCAUGAGUGGGUAUGCUUCGCCACGCUCAAGCAAAAAGGUCAGUGCUGCCUUGAAGGCCAAGCAAGUCCAAGUGGAGGAAUCAAGCGAUGAUGAAGACGACCAUGAUCAAGGCCGAGAGAAAAUUCAACAAGGAAUGCAAGACAUGUCUCUCUCGGGGAAGAAAUAUGGGGCGUUGCUUGGAAAGAAAGGCUACGAAGCAAGAAGCAAUUUCUCUGAGAAGUCCAAGAUGAGGAAAUCAAAGAGAUAUUGCUAUCAAUGUGGUGAUCCCAAUCAUUUCAUUGCUGAUUGUCCUAAGAAGGAGGACAGGAAAUAAGAGAAGGAGUACAAGAGCAAACCAUUCAACAACAAGGGCAAGCCAUACAAGCCAGAGGGGCAGAAAGACGUUAUAGUCAGAGAUUCAUUGGGGUGCGGAUUCAAGAAAAAUACUUAACUAGUCACUGUUAUGCUUGAUCAUUUAUAUAUCCCUAA